AUGUUGGAGGGCGAGGCCUAUCGCCCUGAAGUGUCGGAGAAGCUGGCGGACUUGAUCAAGGGUUUAUUAUCUGCGAAGAUGAUCAAUUACUCUAGAUCACCGUGGGCUUCCCCGAUCGUGGUGAUCAUCAAGAAGAACGGAGUGGAUAUCACGCUGUGCAUCGAUUACCGGUUGGUUAACAGUCUAACCCAGCUGAUGUUCUACCCGAUGCCCUUGAUCAACGACUUACUCGAAGAUCUGGAGUCGACACUCUGGUUCUGUUCUUUGGAUAUGGCAAGUGGAUUUUGGGUAGUGAAAAUGACGGAUCGUGCUCGUUUGAUCUCGGCGUUUAUCACUCCUUUUGGGUUAUUUGAGUAG